AUGAGUCAAGAUUUGGAAAUUCCUAAGCUCGAGAAUUAUGGGCUCACUGCAAGUAGUGGUUUUUUACCCGGUGAAUUUCCAGUUACGAGGCUUUCCGACAAAUAUUAUAAGCCCUGGGAAACAAUCGUAGGCAAAUUACCAUCGCUGCUGUUAUCGAAAAAAAUUAGAUCUGUGGUAGACCGUCUUCCAACGUUGGAGGUCAAAACGAGUCUUUUAGAGAAUUUGGCUGAAUUGCGCAGAUCUUACUCUGUGCUUUGUUUCAUCACGAAUGCCUACAUAUGGGGAUACGACGAACCGUGCGAAAUUUUACCCGACUGUGUCGCACAGCCACUGUUAAUUAUCAGCGAAAAAUUGGGUCUCCCCCCUCUCGCGACUUACGCCGGUUUGGUCUUGUGGAAUUUCGAACCUGUCGUUGAUUUGGAUUUGCCCGCUUUUUUAGAUGGUGACUUUGACUUGCAUGACAUCAUGACCAUCAACACUUUCACUGGGGGCAUUGACGAAAGCUGGUUUUACCUUGUAAGCGUUUUUUUCGAACGAACGGGUGCGCAAUGCAUGGAAAAUGGCCUAAAAGCUAUUCAUGACGUGCGGAACGGCAAUUCUGAGUCUCUCGUGGGCCAUUUGGAGUCGAUCGCCGAAGGAAUUGACGGAUUGGGUUCCAUUUUGAUGCGUAUGGAUGAAAUGUGUGACCCGCAUAUUUUUUACUUCAGAAUCCGGCCCUACUUAGCCGGCUGGAGAAAUAUGGAGGAUGUUGGCCUUCCCAAAGGUGUGAAGUAUGGCAAAAAGGGCAGUUUUCAACAAUACGCCGGUGGAUCAAAUGCACAGAGCUCAUUGAUUCAAAUGCUGGAUAUCCUUUUGGGCGUUGAGCAUUUUUCCUCUGGAAAAAAGCACAGUGCUGGAGGUAAAAUCUCAGCUAAGACCGGGUCCAAUUCAUUCAUCAACGAAAUGAGAAACUACAUGCCUCGCGAGCACCGCAACUUUUUGGAACACCUCGAGAAAGUCAGCAAUAUAAGAGACUAUGUGCUAUCUCACAAAAACGAUGAGAAAUUGCUUGUCGCAUAUGAUGCUUGUCUGGCUAUGCUCAAAUCGUUCCGGGAUAAGCAUAUCCAAAUUGUGACGCGCUAUGUGGUUAUGCAAGCCUCGAAAAAGUCAGUAGCUGGUAAAGGAAACACCUUGCGGAGCGGCUUAUCAAAAUCGCAUGGAAAGAAAGAACAGAAGGGGACUGGUGGUACUUCUUUAAUGCCGUUUUUGAAGCAAUGCAGAGACGAGACCGGUGUUGCAGCGGCUAGUGAAUGGGGCCAAAAAAUAUUGAGUGCUGGCGUUUUGAAAGUCGAAGACUCAAGCAGCAUUGUUGGUAUCAAAAAGCAUUCCCCAUCAGAAAUCGAUGACGGCGGAAAUGUGGUUAGUAAAAAAAUGAAGUUGGGCCUCGCGGGUGACUGGAGUUCUGAAGAGGAUAAUGAAGAAUCAGAAGUUCGCCAUGCUGGCCAUUGGUGA